GUUUAUUUUAAUUUGUUUCAUGUCAGUGAGUAUAAAGGGGAAAACAAAUAAUUUUUUUUUAUUAUUUUUUCUCUCUCUUCUCUGUUAGUAAAAAAGGAAAAAAAUAAAAUGAGUCAUCAAGGCCCUGCAGGUAGAUUUAACAACUUUGUACAAAACAUGAAUAAGCCUUCUGGGCCUAAUGCUCAAAUCCAACAAUUAAAGACGUUGCGAUGUGUAUUUUGUAACAUGGAUAAACCUCUUGAUGCCUUUUCUUCUACGCAAAUUCAAAAAGCUACAUAUAAUCCUUAUGCACCACCUUCUUAUAACAACAAGAAAAAAACGAUUAGAUGCAAGAAGUGUACGCCAACACAAACGACCCAUUUGACUUGUAUGGUUUGUUCCAAGACCCAACCUUUAGACAAAUUUGCAAAGUCACAAAGAAAGAAUGCUGAAAAGGCACGUUGUUUGAAGUGUAUCAAGAAACGUGAAGAGGAAGAUGUUUGGGCUUCUGAUCCUGAUACAGAUAGUGAAGAUGAUUUUGAAGCUUAUUUUUAAUGAUAACCCAUCACGUUUUUUUUUCUUUAUGAAGAAUUAUUCUAUAAACAUAUUGUAAGGAUAUAAAUGUAUAUGUGUGUAUAUAUAUGUAUUUGUAUAUGUAUAUGUAUAUGUAUAUAGAUAUAUAUAUAUUCAUAUACAUGUAUACAUAUAUACAUAUUUUUAUACAUAUUUUUAUAUAUUUUUAUUUAUACAGACAUACAUUAGUGGCAAUAAAUAUUAUACGUG